AUGAGGCUUCACUCGUCUUUGCUGAUCGUGCUGCCAGGUAUAUCCCUGGCAGCAGGUAUUGGGACUCAGGGCUAUGAAACAGUUGAAACCAAUCCAAAGUACGAGGACACUGAGCAAAAUCACGCCGUAGCAAGGGGUUUCGAAGUCCCACAAAACGAAGGCGGCGCUGAAUCCACCGAGACAGAAAGCUGUGAAUCACACACUUCAGAUUCCCGUAAAAAGCUCAGGACUCGGGGUCAAUGUAGCACCAACCGCAGCAGCACCAUCAACGCUUCUAGCGCUGGUGAAGACCAACCUCGUAACGCUGGCAGCGAAAACGAGCGAGACUUCGGAUCGCAAGAUAUCCACUAUAAAACGGGUCGUUAUCUUGCCGCUGAGGAUGCAGAACGAGAAACAUACUAUGCUGAAGAUACCAACGACAGUGCAGCUAACCGCGGCCUUGGAAAGAAGAAGAACACUACGUACGUCUCUGCACCACCUGCGGUGGCUGUUGUGCCGUUAGUUGUGGAGAGGGUCCACACGAAGAUGGCAGCUCCUGCACCCAUGGUGAUCCAUGAGGCUCCCACUAAGAUGGCAGCUCCUGCACCCAUGGUGAUCCAUGAGGCUCCCACUAAGAUGGCAGCUCCUGCACCCAUGGUGAUCCAUGAGGCUCCCACUAAGAUGGCAGCCCCCGCUCCUAUGGUCAUCCAUGAGGCUCACACUAAGAUGGCAGAUCCUGCUCCCAUGGUGAUCCAUGAGGCUCCCACUAAGAUGGCCCCCGCACCUAUGUACGUUGAGGCUGCUCACAGCAAGACAGCUGCAGCUCCAAUGUACGUGACAGCUGCUGCCCCCAUGAAGGGUCGGUACCUCGCUGCCACGGAGGAGGAG